GAAUGGAGGGCGCUGGGGCGCGGAGCACGACCCCCGAGGGACUCGAGCCCGAGGAGGCGCGCGGCUGGCUUUGCCCGGAACAUAGCGACCGCCCCGUGGAGCUCUUCUGUCGCCGCUGCCGCCGAUGCGUGUGCGCGCUGUGCCCCGUGCUGGGCGCGCACCGCGGCCACCCGGUGGGCCUGGCGCUGGAGGAGGCGGCCCACGUGCAGAAACUCAUCCAAGAAUGUUUACAGCAACUGGAGACCAAGAAGCAGCAUCAAGUUGGCAACAUCACCCAGAUAGAAGAUGCAGCCGAGAAGCUCAAGGUUCACGCAGAGUCAAGUAAAACCUGGCUGAUGGACAAAUUCACUGAACUCAGAUUACUACUUGAUGAAGAGGAAAUGCUGGCCAAAAAAUUCAUUGAUAAAAACCUGCAGGGGGCCCUCCAGGUGUACAGGGAGCAAGUGGAGUCUUGCAGGAAGCAGAUUGACGUCAUGGGCAGUCUGUCCAGCAGGGUCUGGGGUAUCAGCCAGGAGCCCAACCCUGUUCAACUGCUGCAGGCCUACACAGCCACUGAGCAGGAGAUGAAGCAGCACAUGAGCCUCGGGGAGCUGAGCCACCCCGUGCCCCUGUCCUUCGAGCCCAUCAAGAGUCUCUUUAAGGGCCUGGCGGAAGCCAUGCAGAGUACGUUUCAGACACCACUAGACGUUCGCCUGAAGGAAAACAUCAACUGCCAGCUCUCAGGCUCCUCCAGCACCACACUUGGGGCCCUGCUGAAAACAAGCCCCUCACCAGAGAGAUCGCUCUUCUUAAAAUACGCGCGCACGCCCACGCUGGAUCCGGACACGAUGCACGAGCGCCUGCGCCUCUCCGCCGACGGCCUGACGGUGCGCAGCAGCCUGCUGGGCCGCCUGGGACCGACUCCCGCGAGGCGCUUCGACGCGCUGUGGCAGGUGCUGGGUCGCGACUGCUUCGCCGCCGGCCGCCACUACUGGGAAGUGGACCUGCAGGAGGCGGGCUCCGGCUGGUGGGUGGGCGCCGCCUACCCCUCCCUGCGGCGCCGCGGGGCCUCGGCCGCUGCCCGCCUGGGCUGCAACCGCCAGUCCUGGUGCCUCAAGCGCUUCGACUUGGAAUACUGGGCCUUCCACGAUUGCCAGCGCAGUCGCCUGAGGCCCCGCGAUGACCCCGACCGGCUGGGCGUCUUCCUGGACUACGAGGCCGGCGUCCUCGCCUUCUACGACGUGACGGGCGGCAUGAGCCACCUGCACACCUUCCGCGCGGUCUUCCAGGAGCCGCUGUACCCGGCCCUGCGGCUCUGGGAAGGGGCCAUCAGCAUCCCCCGGCUUCCCUAGGGACCCACCGCGCAGUGGGCCCCAGGCGCGCUUGUCCCUGGCGUGGCCGGUUUGCUUUCUAAGACCUUCUCCCGGGCCCAGCGCUCCCCCACCAGUGGGUUGUUUUGAACCUCUUCCCGGGCUAGUUUCAAACGUGUCCCCAACACUGCUGCUGCCCUUUCCCCCACCACCAUGGCUUCCGCUACACUACUUUCAGUGCAGGUUUCUGAAGGGGACGUACCCGUACCCACAAGUGAGCUUCAGCAUUCUGGCUUUGUCAGUGCAGUUGUGCUCAGCCAGAGAACCGUCUUCAUACAGCGCCUAGACCCUCCUGGCACAUAGUAAGCACACAGUAAAUACCCGCCUGAGAGUCGCACAGCGGUGGCUCUUCUGUUCCUUAAGUUUCUUUGAUAUGUCAGCUCUCCACCUACUUCAGCUUGUCCACGUCACCUCCCUUCAGAGCAACUGCAAGGGUUUUUUACUUCCUGGUCUGAACCCUCUCUCAUUUUCAUCUUCUAAACCUAAAACUAGAGGGAUCUGCCUAGAACUCCCAAGAACUACAAAAAUGAAAAACAAAACUCACCUUCCCUUAGCAUUCAAGGCUUUUCUAGUCUGCCC